ACAUAUCUUGUGUUCACAAGUGGUAACAAUUUCCGAUACGCGUUUAUAUAACAAGUUUAAAACAGACAUAAUAAUUGUUAUAUUAACUAGAAAAAAUUUUUUAAAUUGAAGCGUUUUAAUCAUACGAAUGAAUAGCAGGACAGUUUUAAAUCGUAUAUGAGGCAACUUCAAAAUACAUAAUAUAUCGACGCACAAUAUGCACUUCAUGUCAUUUUAACAUUGUGAUAAAUAAUGGAUGGACUGAGUUAGAAGAAUUUCUCCUAGUUUGACAGUAAAGAUAGUGAUCUGGAAUAACUUUUAUAGUUUUACAGAAGGAAAGCAAAUACGACCAAAUUAAUUGAAUAAGGAACAAAUAGAGACUGAGGGAAAGAAAAACGAACAAAUAGAGACUGAGGGAAAGAAAAAGGACCAAAAAAGACAUUCAGAAUUCAACAAAUAUGAUCAUAAUGAAUAGUACAACUGGAACUGUGAGAGUGCAGGAGAACUUAAUAGAAAACUAUGAGGAGAUUCUAUUGGCUGAGAACAGAUACGAGGCAAAAGCUCUAACUCCAGUGACUGUCUACUUAGUUAUGUUGAUGAUCAUUGGAAUACUCGGAAAUACAAUGGUUCUUUACGUCUACAAGUUCCGUUUCCGAAGGUCAACCUCCCGCGUUUUUAUUCUGAGUCUCGCUGCCUUUGAUCUGAUCACGUGUUUAUUCGGAAUGCCGUAUCAUAUAUUGGACUUAGCGUAUCCAUACACAUUUACAUGGGAUGAAGUCUGUAAAUCUUUGAGCUUUGCCCUGACUUUUACGAUUCUAGGUUCUAUUUACGUUUUAGAUUUGAUAGCUAUAGAUAGGUAUCGGAAAAUAUGCAAACCAUUGGAAAAACAGUUGUCAGCCAUGGGAACAAAAAUAAUAUGUUGGGUUACCGCCUUUGUAGCUGCGAUUUCUGCGUCACCAAUGAUAUUUCUAUAUGGCGUUGCAGACGUUGACACACGAACACCAAAUAUUACAGGAAAAGAAUGCUAUAUUUCAAAAGAUUUUGCUUUUACAGAAUUUCCUUUGAUUUAUGACGGAUUUUUCAUUCUUGUUUUUCUUCUUUCGAUUUUAAUUGUGUCGAUUUUAUACAUUAACGUUGGAAUAGCCGUUCGGAAACGGAAGAAAGUCCACGAACCUAACCUCAAUGGGUCAGGUCUCGGUACAGAUACGCCAUUAGGAUCAAGAAGGACUGUUACAGGAGAAGACACUCUAUCAACACCCUUAGGAAGUCUGAGAGAGAAAGAUGGCAAUUUUCGGCCACAUAUGCAUGGCCAUUCACCAAUAAUCAAACAGAAAUCUAAAUUUUCAAACCUAUCGUACAAUUCCCCACGUAUACCAAGGAAAAUCAAUAAAGAAACGAAGAAAGAAAAAUCGUUCAGACAAAAAUUAAAACGAGCCAUGUCUGACGUAUCUAGUGGUGAAUACGACUCAACUUCUGGAACUGGUACCUUAGACAGAGGUCAAGGUCAACUGAAAAUCAUCGACCAGUCCAAAAUGGCGUCCCGAAAACAAAGAAGAACCUUUAGAAUAACUACAAUGUUAUUUAUAAUUACAUUGAUUUUUGUAAUAAGCUUCCUGCCUUAUCUAAUAAUAGAAGUGAUCAGUAACACCGACGAGAAAUACUGGAACACCAUGGAGACCUGGGAACUGGUUAUAUCUAGUCUUCUCUAUAGAACUUAUUUUAUAAACAACAUGGUCAAUCCCAUUGUAUACUGGUGUUUAGAUAGCAAAUUUAAAAAUGAAGUAGUUAAGAUUUUUACCAGAUGUAAAACAUGUAAGCAUUGACUUAUUCGGAAAGAUCGUUUUAACAAUCAUUUGUUUUAAAACGGUGUUUUUUGUUUUUGAUUUUUUGCUUUUACUAGUGAUUUUUUUUAAAUUAUUUUGGGGGGGAGGGGUGUAAGAGGUGAGAUUGUUAUAGUUAUCUUCUAUUUUUUUUUUUUAAAUACUCUAAUUGUAAAUAAUGAGCUCAGCGAAAUUUAUUUUGUUUAAGUUGAUUAAAGAUUUACAAUGUA